UGACAAACAAAUUUGUGAAAACGUCACAUCCGGCGAGUGUCAGUGACCAACCGAAAAUGUCAAUUUGGGAGACUUCUUUUCCCUGACAGGUCUGCUGCUACGGCAGAGACAGGACACCCAGAAAGGAUGGAUGAAUUCCCUGUCAGUCUAAGUGAGGUGGUGUGUCUUGGAGCCAGUUUUGCCCUUUCAGGCAUCUGCUACUAUUUGUACAGGAAGAGCCGCACAACAGUGGACAUGCUUCAUGAUGCGCCACACUUCAACAUAGAUGGGAAACUCAAAGACAUUCUGAAAGUUACUCCAGGAGCAUGUCUAAAAUAUGCUGUUAUCGAAGGUUCUGUGCAACCCCUAGAGGAGCCUCUUAUGAGUCACUACCAAAAAGAAAGUGUUGGAGUGUUGCAGAAAUUCAUGUUGAGAGAACACAGGCGGGUGUGGAAUGGCUUGUCACGCACAUGGACUGACAGUGAACGAGUCUUGCAUGAGAGAGUCAAUAUUGUGCCAUUUGGGCUGGUGGGACCAGAUGAGACCACAGUUGAAGUCCUGUGCCCUCUGCAGGCCUCUGGAGUCCACAUGGAAAUGACCCACCAGAAGUUCCAUCAGGCCACCUCCAGUUUGGGGGACCUCUUAGGACAAUACCUGAGUGGAGAGAAGCUCAAAGGGCAAUUGGAGACUGAGGACAUGCUCAAAGUGGGUACUAUCCUUACAGGUGUAGGCGAGUUGGUGCUGGACACAGAUGGCACCCUGAGUCUUCGACCGCCGUCUAACGGUGCAGAUUACAUUUUGAGUAUCACAGAUUUUGACACCUUGCUAGGAGAGCACAAGAGCACAGCAUCUUGGUGGAAGACGUUAGCCAUUGUUUUUGCUUUGGCGGGGGCAGCGGUCGUCCUCUGGGUCGGUCGGAGCUACUACAACCAACUAAAAGUCCGCUGGGAGCUGGAGCGGGAGAGGAGGCAGUUUGAGAGACUGCGGGAUGAAGGACGGAGGGUCGAGGCAGCGGCGACGGGCCCCGACGCCCCUCAAGAUGCAGCAGAGGAACGCAUCGAGAACACCUGUGUGAUCUGCCUCACUCAGCAACGGGACUGCAUUCUAUUAGACUGUGGACAUGUGUGCUGCUGCUACCAGUGUUACCAGGCACUUCCACAACCCCGAUGCCCCAUAUGCAGGCAGAUGAUCAACAGAGUGGUGCCUCUUUAUCACAUGUGAAGUGGUCUUUGCAUAUGGUCUUUACACCUCAAAUUGUACUGUACUGGACUAUAUUGAAUAUACUGUCGAAAUCUAAGUAAUCAGGGAAUAGUGCAAAUACUUCAUGACAAUUUAAGUGAAAUCCCUUAAAUUGUCUGUGUAAAAUGAAGUGAUAAGAAAGUGAUGUAUUUCCUACAUGUUUGUUCUGUGCCUUAUUCAGGUCAUUUCAAUGGCUGCUGCUGUUUCACAAUAAUAGGAUGUAACUAAAUAGCUGUCUACUUUGUCAAAAGGGUCUACACAUUACUUUCAAGCAGUGUCGACAAACUAAUAUCACAUUUUGAGUUGCUUUAAACAACUAAACAAAUACACAUUUUUGCCAGCGAGCUUGAAAGAAUUUCAGUCACCCUGAUGUUAAUGUGAAAUAAAUGCUCUGUGGACAGGUGAGUGUGAGCGAGACAAUAAAACAUUGUUCUUAGCAAUA